AUGCAUAAACAUGGUGGAAAGAAAUCUAAACAAUCAAACUCCAAAUCUAGUGGAGACCACUUACAAAGGACCAGUCAAAGCAUUUCACCUCACGGCGGCUCCACUGGCCGCCAACCAGAAGCUUCUCCGGCAACGGGGAGCACUAGUCAAUGCGGCAAAAAUAGCUCUGAGGCUGGGAGCUCUAGCAGGGGCAAGGGAAUGUCGAGGUUGGUGCUGAAUCCGAUCAAGAAUCACAAGCCUGAAACAUACGAGGACAUGAACUUGGAUUUUUCUUCUAUGCUUCUCAGCUCGUUGGAGAUGCACCUUCCGAGAUACUUGCUCGGCGCGUCUCGCAAAAACAAAGCUUCAUACAUGCGCGGUAUUUUGCAAGAUUAUGUACCUCCAGCAUUGCGCUAUAGGGAUCAAAAGCAAAAAGAAUAUAGAGAGAAGAUAAUGUCAAAUUAUCAGCCUCUGCAUCAAGAGUUGUACACUAUUGAUCCCGUAGCAUUCUUUGUACCUGCAUUUCUAAAAGCAAUCAAAGAUAAUACGGAACAAAGCUUUAGAAGUAUAAUGUCUGAACCUGCCCCAGGCAUUUUUACAUUUGAAAUGCUUCAACCACGUUUUUGCGAGUUACUGAUAACUGAGGCUGAACAUUUUGAGAAGUGGGCUGAAAGAACAAAACUCCAGGUAAUGCGUCCCAAUACAAUGAAUCAAUAUGGUGCUGUACUUGAUGACUUUGGCCUUCAAACCAUGCUCAAGAAGCUUAUAGAAGAUUUUAUUUCUCCAUUGUCAAAAGUGUUCUAUGCAGAAGUUGGUGGAUCAACCCUGGAUUCUCACCACGGUUUUAUUGUUGAAUAUGGUUCACAUAGAGAUGUUGAUAUGGAAUUCCAUGUGGAUGACUCUGAAGUUACCUUAAACGUUUGCCUGGGUAGGCAAUUUUCUGGAGGAGAGUUGUAUUUUCGGGGAAUGCGAUGUGAUGAACAUUUAAAUACAAUGGGUCAUUCAGAGGAGAUCUUUGAUUACUCGCAUGUCCCUGGUUGUGCUGUGCUUCAUCAUGGUCGUCAUCGCCAUGGUGCUAGAGCCACAGUUGCUGGUCAUCGGGUCAACCUACUUCUGUGGUGCAGAAGUUCGAUUUUUCGAGAAAUGCAAAAGUUUAAAAGAGGCUUCGCUAGCUGGUGUGCGGAGUGCAAUCAAGAGAAGAAAGCUCAGAAAGAUCAGCUGCUCACUGCCGGAAUGGAACUGUUGAUGAGGUAA